CAAUCCAGACGCCCUCUCAGCCACAGCCAGCACCACACCACCACCUCCACCUCCUCCUUCCCACGCCCCAGUGCGCUGCUGUGGGAUAGUGGCACUAUAAAGUAUAUCCACCUCUCGCUCGGGAGAAAAGAUAAGGAGCACCAACAAGAGACACAGAGAGGGGGAUGAAGAUGGCGGACGCCAAGCAGAAGCGGAACGAACAGCUGAAGCGGUGGCUGGGCUCGGAGACGGACCUGGAGCCGCCCGUCAUCAAGAAGAAGAAGACGAGGGUGAAGUUCGACGACGGCGCCGUGUUCCUGGCCGCCUGCUCCAGCGGCGACGCCGAGGAGGUGCUGCGGAUGCUGGAGCGCGGCGCCGACAUCAACUACGCCAACGUGGACGGUCUCACCGCGCUGCACCAGGCAUGCAUCGACGACAACGUGGACAUGGUGACCUUCCUGGUGGAGCACAACGCCAGCAUCAACCAGCCCGACAACGAGGGCUGGAUCCCCCUCCACGCCGCCGCCUCCUGCGGAUACAUGGACAUAGCAGAGUAUUUGAUCAGUAAGGGGGCUGAUGUGGGCGUGGUGAACAGCGAGGGGGAGACGCCCCUUGACAUCGCAGAAGAAGAAGCAAUGGAGGAACUCCUGCAGAAUGAGAUCAACCGCCAAGGUGUGGACAUCGAGGCGGCUAGGAAGGAGGAGGAGCGCAUCAUGCUGCGGGACGCCAGGCAGUGGCUCAACAGCGGCCAGAUCCAAGAUGUCCGCCACACCAAGUCCGGAGGCACGGCGCUCCACGUCGCCGCCGCCAAGGGCUACGUAGAAGUUUUAAAGCUCUUGAUCCAGGCGGGCUAUGAUGUAAACAUUAAGGACUACGACGGCUGGACCUCGCUCCACGCAGCGGCUCACUGGGGCAAGCAGGAGGCCUGCAGGAUCCUGGUGGAGAACCACUGCGACAUGGACCUCAUCAACAAAGUGGGUCAGACGGCCUUCGACGUCUCAGACGAGGAUGUCCUCGGCUACUUGGAAGAGCUGCAUAAGAAACAGGAUCUGCUCUCGAACGACAAGAAGGACGUGAAGAAAUCCCCCCUGAUCGAGACGACCACGACCGGAGACAACAACCAAUCCCUGAAGCCGCCCAAGAGCGAAAAGACGGUGCUGCUGGAGCCGGAGAAGAUCGUGGCCCACAUCGAGGUGCUGGAGCAGGAGAAGGUGGACGAGGAGGAGGAGGGGAAGAAGGACGAGUCAAGCUGCUCCAGCGAGGAGGAAGAGGAGGAGGACUCUGAGUCCGAGAAUGAAGCAGACAAGACCAAGACCCCCUGUCCUCCAGUCAGCCUCGCCACCACGGCUGCCGUGACGACCCCCCCCGCCGCCGUCACCGUGGCGACCCCAUCCAGCCCCACCAACCAGGUGACCACCCCCACCUCACCGGUCAAGAAGUCUGAUUGUCUCUCGCCCGUGGCCGAGCCGGGCUGUCCUGCAUUGUGGCGCCAGGGUUUGCGUAAAACUGGCAUUUCUCUAGCGCCCAAAAAAGUGAUGGUCCCGGCGUCGCCCACGGCCAAGGUGUCGUCGCCGCGGGCGACGGAGGAGGACCGCAAGGACGAGUCCCCCGCCUCGUGGCGCCUGGGCCUGAGGAAGACGGGGAGCUACGGCGCGCUGGCCGAGAUCACGGCCACCAAGGAGUCCCAGAAGGAGAAGGACGCGGCGGGCGUGAUGCGCUCGGCCUCCAGCCCGCGCCUCUCCUCCUCGGUCUCCAUGGACAACAAGGACAAGGAGAAGGACAAGAGCACCCGACUGGCCUACGUCGCCCCGACCAUUCCCCGCCGACUGGCCAGCACUUCAGACAUCGACGAGAAAGAGAACAGGGACUCCGCCUCUCUGGCCCGCAGCAGCUCCUACACCCGCCGGCGCUGGGACGACGACCUGAAGAACAGCGACGGCACCGCGUCCACCACCACCGCCUCCACCACCACCACCACCACCACCACCAACCGAGUCCCCAGCUACCAGCGCAGCACGUCCCACACGCUGGCACUAGGGCGCAGCGGCAGCACGCGGGACGUGCCGGCCAAGUCGUGGUCCACCUCCAGCUUGGAGCCUAACGCCUCUAACACUAAACCCUGGCAGUCGCCCUCCUCCCAUUACCAGUCUUACAGCAUUUACCGCAGUGGCUCCUUCGGCAGGCGGGGUCAGCACGAGGACCUGACCUCCACCACCACCUCCUCCACCUCCCCGACGACCACCACCACCUCCAGCCCCGUCUCCUCCACCUCCUCCACCACCACCACCUCCUCCACCACCACGUCCACCUCCUCCUCCUCUGUUACCUCACCCACCGGCCACCGCGGUCUGCUCUCGAGCCUGGGCACCUCCUCCACCCGGCCCCCCACCAGCCUCACCAGCAGGUACUGGUCGGAGGAGAGCUCCGACCGGGACAAGGAGAAGGAGUCCGCGGCGGUCAUCCCCACAAUGAACACUGGCUCCACCACCACCACCACCUCCUCCACCACUAGCACCAUCAUCGGCUCGGACGGCAGGGAGAGACGCAGGUCGUACCUGACGCCAGUGAGGGACGAGGAGUCGGAGUCUCAGAGGAAGGCUCGCUCCAGGCAGGCGCGGCAGUCUAGGAGGUCCACCCAGGGCGUGACCCUGACGGACCUCCAGGAGGCGGAGAAGAUCGGUAAGGGCCGGGCGCCUCGGAGCCGCGAGGAGGAGCGCGAGAAGCAGGACAAGGAGAAGCUGCAGGAGGAGCGCAAGGAGACGGAGACCAGGGAGGACGACUACCGGUCGCGCUACCGCAGCUUGGACGAGACCUACCAGCGGUACCGCCCCUCGGCCACCUCCACCACCUCCAGCAGCGUGAGCACCUCCUCCACCCCCCUCUCCUCCACCUCCUCCUCCCUCCACCGGCCCAACUCCCUGACGGGCAUCACCUCCUCCUACUGCCGCUCCUCCCGGGACACGGAGAAGGAGACGGACAAGGAGGAGGAGAAGGAGGGCGAGGACAAGUCCCAGCCCCGCUCCAUCCGGGAUCGCCGGCGGCCCCGCGAGAAGAGGCGCUCCACGGGGGUGUCCUUCUGGACCCACGAGAGCGAUGAGAAUGACCCCGACCCACAGUCGGACUCGGAGGACGGCAGCGUCAAGAGCGAGCCUCAGAGCGACAGACUGUCAAGGAAUGACGGCAGCACUUCCUAUGAACGCAACGAGUCGGUGGGCGGCCGUACCUAUGGCGACGGUCGGAGGCCCUACUCGAGCAGGCUAGACAGGGACGACAACACCGACUACAAGAAGCUCUAUGAGCAGAUCCUAGCUGAGAACGAGAAGCUGAAGGCCCAGUUACGCGACACGGACCUAGAGCUGGCGGACCUGAAGCUCCAGCUGGAGAAGGCCACGGCGAGGCAGGAACGCUACGCCGACCGGUCGCAGCUGGAAAUGGAGAAAAGGGAAAGAAGAGCGCUUGAAAGGAAGAUCUCUGAGAUGGAGGAGGAGCUGAAGAGCCUGCCCCAGGUAAAGCAGGUGCAGGCCCUGCGGCAGGUGAAGGAGCGCUUGCAGACGGAGAACCGGGCGCUGGGCCGCGUGGUGGCCAAGCUCUCGCAGUCCCGCAACCGCCGGCCCGCCUCCGCCUGCUCCUCCUCCUCCUCCUCCUCCAUCGACCUCUAAACCCAAAACAAACCACCUCCGUCACCACCUCCUCCUCCUCCGUCUCCUCCUCCUCCUCCCUUCUUCCUUCCUCCCCCCUCCGUUCACACUCCUCCAAUCCAUCCCAUCUCUUUUCUGUGCCUUCCAUUCGCGCUCCGCCACGUCCCCGUAGC